AUGUCACAAAAUAAACUUACCGGCGCCACGGUCGCCGAGCACAACUCCAAGGACUCAUGCUGGGUCAUCGUGCACGGUAAAGCCUACGAUGUUACCGAGUUCCUACCAGAGCACCCUGGAGGCCAGAAGAUCAUUCUCAAAUAUGCCGGCAAAGAUGCGACCGAAGAAUUCGACCCUAUUCACCCUCGCGACACCCUGGACAAGUUCCUCGAUCAGUCCAAGCACCUCGGUGAUGUCGAUAUGAGCACCGUCGAGCAGGAGGAGCAGGUCGAAGACCCCGAGGAGGCCGGCCGUCAAGAGCGUAUCAAGCAGAUGCCCCCACUUGCAGCCUGCUACAACCUCAUGGACUUUGAAGCGGUCGCCCGACGGGUGAUGAAGAAGACAGCAUGGGCAUACUACUCCAGCGGAGCGGACGAUGAAAUCACAAUGCGUGAGAACCACGCCGCCUUCCACAAAAUCUGGUUCCGCCCCCGCGUCCUCGUCGACGUCGAACACAUCGACAUGUCAACUACCAUGCUUGGUGAUAAAUGCUCAAUCCCAUUCUACGUCACCGCCACCGCCCUAGGCAAGCUGGGUAACCCCGAAGGUGAAGUUGUUCUCACCAAGGCCGCGAAACAGCAUGACGUCAUCCAAAUGAUUCCGACGCUAGCCUCGUGCUCAUUCGACGAGAUUGUCGACGCAAAGCAAGGUGAUCAGGUGCAGUGGCUCCAGUUGUACGUGAACAAGGACCGCGCCAUCACAGAGAAGAUUGUCGCGCAUGCCGAGAAGCGUGGCUGCAAGGGACUGUUCAUCACCGUCGAUGCACCCCAGCUCGGCCGUCGGGAGAAGGACAUGCGCUCGAAGUUCUCAGAUGCUGGAUCCGACGUUCAGUCCGGCGAUGGUAACGUGGAUCGCUCGCAGGGCGCCGCCCGCGCAAUCUCAAGCUUCAUCGAUCCCGCUCUCUCGUGGAAGGAUAUCCCCUGGUUCCGCUCCAUCACCCGCAUGCCGAUCGUGCUGAAGGGUGUCCAAUGCGUUGAGGAUGUCCUCCGUGCCGUUGAGGCCGGUGUUGACGGUGUGGUACUUUCUAACCAUGGAGGUCGUCAGCUUGAGACUGCUCGCUCUGGUAUUGAGGUCCUCGCAGAGGUCAUGCCCGCCCUCCGCGAACGCGGCUGGGAGAAGCGUAUUGAAGUUUAUGUUGAUGGUGGUGUCCGCCGUGCGACCGAUAUCCUCAAGGCGCUUUGCCUCGGUGCCAAGGGUGUCGGAAUCGGCCGGCCUUUCCUGUACGCCAUGUCCGCGUAUGGAUUGGACGGUGUCGAUCGCGCGAUGCAGUUGCUUAAGGACGAGAUGGAGAUGAACAUGCGAUUGAUCGGUGCCACGAGCAUCGAGGAGUUGAACCCCAGUUUGUUGGAUGUCCGCGGUCUGAUGAGUGGACACGGGGGUGUCAUUCCCUCCGAUACAUUGGGACUAGGCGCUUAUGAUCCCCUCGAAGCGCCGAGGUUCAAUGAGAAGGCUAAGCUGUAA